AUGUCUUGCCUUAUUGGUAUCCCUGAAGAUCUCAAGGAGUGUGAUGUUUACUGUACUGGAGGGGGUAUGGAGUUGGAUGUUGAAUCCCAAGAGAAUCUGGGUGAUAAAGGGAAGAAGAUAUCUGCUGCAAAUGCAUUUGGUCCUCGUAGACGCUCCAAUACAUCUGGCAGAGUCUCAGUAAACAUCCGAAUGGUCAGCAUCCUUCAAGGACAUUAUUUGUAA